ACUGGCCCGCUAUCUACGCAGCAAUUAAAAGAGGAAAAACGCUCUUUUGUCGGGGCGGGGCAGCCACACUUUUGUUUAAUGAAACACAACCCUGUUGGCUCAGGAACUGGUAUCAGACUGAAAAAGUAGGGCAACGGUCAUGCACUUGCAGGAAUUAUGUCAUCGAGUCCAGCCUCCCGUCAACCUUUCACCUACUUUCUCUCUCACUGACAGCCGGUGUUUGUGUUGACGCUGGCGAAGGGGACGAGGAGCCGACGGCAACGUAUCAACGGUUACAGAGUUGUUGGCCCUUGCUGAUCUAGAGACAAAGAGAGAACCAUUCAGAAUGUGGAUGAGUAAAUUUUCACGUGUGGCCCUGCCUGCGCUGCAGAGAAGCACCUCUGCCAUGGCCCGCCCGGCUCUAAGGGCUUGUAGCAGACCAGGACUACAGACUGCGGGUCAGGUGUCCUCUCGUCUGACCUCAGUGCAGCUUCGUGGGCAGCAGACAUUGGGGUCAGCUUCCCUCCCUCUGGCUCGCCACUCAGUGAGGCAUGCCAGGGCCCUGGAUGAGGAGAGGAUGAUGGAGGUGGAGUGGGAGGAUGGAGGCCAAAGUCUGUACCCAUUCACAUGGCUGAGAGACAACUGCCAGUGUCCACUGUGUACCCUGGAGUCAGCUCAGGCCCGGAAACUGUUGAUGGCUGAUCUUGAUAUCCACACAGGAGUCGACACUGUGGAGGUCAUCAAUGACAACAAGGUGUCCAUUGUGUGGCCGAACCAACACACCAGUGUAUUUGAUGCAGAGUGGCUGAAGAAACGCUGUUUCUCUCCCGCUGCCAGACAGGCAAUGCAGGAAGAACUUUUCCUCAACAAGCGUUAUUAUUGGGACUCCAAGCUCCGCAUCCCCACGGCCGACUACCAGGAAGUCCUCCAUGACGACAAGGCGGCGCUGGCCUGGCUGCUGGCCCUGCGUCGCGUUGGCAUCGUUUACCUGAAGGGGGCUCCAGCAGAGCAAGGCCAAGUGGCCAAACUGGCUGAGAGGAUUGGCUAUCUCAGGCUGACAUUCUACGGGCACACAUGGCAGGUCCAGGACAAAUACAUGGCCAACAACGUAGCCUACACAUCAGGACGGCUGAGUCUCCACACGGACUACCCCGCAUUACACUUUGCACCUGGAGUUCAGUUUCUGCACUGCAUCAAGCAGGCUGUGGAGGGAGGGGAGAGCGAGGUGGUGGAUGGCUUCCACAUGGCCGAGCAGCUACAGAGAGAAGACCCCGAGGCCUUCAGGACACUCUCCUCGCUCCGCGUCGACUUCACCGACACCGGGGUGGACUACUGCGACUUCAUGCUGCAGUCCAAGAAAUGCAUCAUCGACGUCGACAGCGAGGGUCGAGUCGAGAGGAUAAACUACAACAACGCCACCAGAGAAUCUGUACUGGACUUCCCCUUACACCAGGUCCAGCCCUUCUACAGAGCACUGAAGGCCUACGUGGACAUCAUGAACCGACCCGAGAACGUGGUCACCUACAGAAUGGAGCCAGGCGACUUGGUGACCUUCGAUAACUGGCGUCUGCUGCACGGCCGCAGGAGCUACAUCAGCAGGCCGGACACGCUGCGACACCUGGAGGGCGCCUACCUGGACUGGGACGAAGUCAUGUCUCGCCUCCGGAUACUCCGCAGCUCGGUCCAGGACAAAGCAUGAGCCCUGGAAAUGGCCACAUUUCAACCGGUUGCUUUACAGUCUUGUGUUGUUAGGUGGCUGGGAACUAUGAGUUAAGCUAAAUGUUGCUCUUGAAAAACGGUCAGUGGUGAGGACAAAGUGCAAAGAUACUGAAAUAUCUCACAACUUCUUAAGAGCUAAAUCGCCAACCCUGAAGCAGCAAAGCAUGAAUAUUACGUGAACAAUGCAAAGAUUAAGAAAAACACCCUGGGUUUCAGAUUCAAAGGUGUCGUUUGGAUUAGUCAUGUUUGACGAGUGUCAAAUGAGUUUUUCUGUGCUCACACUGAAGAGGUUUUCUACAUUUUCCUGGGUACUCCACAUUAUUAUGAUGUUGUGCAAUUUAUACAUGUUGUCUAAACUGAUUUACCUCCUUAUCUCCUUUCAAAAGACUCCACGGCUGUUUCUGGAACCACUCCCUAUUCAAUCUUUAUUGCACUUUAUUUACUGACCACCAUUUUCUAUUCACUGAGUGGAGAAUGAGAGUGAUUUUAGACUCAGCCCAGGAGUAAAUUGUGCUAUAAUCCUUACAUCUCAGUUUCUUCGUGCUUAACCGCCUGCUACAUUAUCUUGCUACCUCUACUUUUAAAUCCUGUGCCUACGUAAAGGACGUGAUGUCCUUGAGCUCUCCUUCAGUCGCAGUCCGAAUUCAUCAUCGCCUUAAGCCUCAGUGCAUGAGAUGUAGCAGCAUGAAAUAACUGUUAUUUUGUUAAACUGACCCUUUAAAUUUACGACAUGUUCAUGUUUACUUAUUUAUGACCAUAGAACCAUAGAAAGCUGAGAUACAGCAAACAGUUGCUGUCCACUGAAAACUAAGUAUUUUCAAGAUUUACUGCAUUUAAAAAGGAGAAAUGUAUAAGAUAUGGCCAGAACUCUACUUUAGAAACUUAAUGAUGCCCUAACAUCGUCAACAGACUGGAGAGAAACGGCACUGGUGACGAUAAGUCAAAGAUACUGUGUUGCAAGAAAAAAACAACUUUUUAUCUUCUGAAUUCAAGUUUCUCUCUCAACUCUGGUUCUUUUGACAUAAUUCAAAGAUAAUUAGGUAACGUUAGCUUUGUAAAGCCAAGGAUAGCUGGCAAAGAGCAGCAGCUGCCCCAUCCCCCGAAAAAGGGAAACCUCACAAAACGUUUUGGGGAGCUACGUUCAAAUUCUGAGUACACCUGAGGACCGCCAACAGUUUACUUUUGAAACUCCUGCUUGUUCCUGAAUAUGAUCAAGAUGACUAGAUUUUUGUUAUAGUGUCAAAAUAAUAAGUACUGUAAAAGAUGAACUGUAGAAACAAUAUCCUGUUUAUGCAGUCAGGCCUCCAAGAUCUCAAACUAUCUGCAUUAGGAUUAUGUAUAGAAGAGUCUUCAUCUUGAUCUGACGUUACAAACCUUUCCCUGAAGCUCAGUCUUCUUUUUUUAUGUGAGCUAAAGAUAAUAUGGAUGUACUUGCUGUAGCAGAAACUGUCUGACCAGGUAUUCAGAGACAUGCUCACUGAUGGAAGGUGUGAAUAAUUCAUCCUUAAACCUUUGCAGUUUGUAUACUUCAAAAUGAGCCUUUGUUUAUGUACUCCAGUCUUAAAAAGGGGCAGUUACUGCUAAAAUCAAAAAUGGUUCCUGAAAAGUGACACUGCUUCUUGAGUUUUUCAAAUGUAUUUUAAACUCUUUUUUUUGGCCCUUUUAGCACCACAAGCUGAGAAUCAUCUAGUUCCAUUACAUUUAAUAUCUCCAUAAGUGGCAACUCACACCCCAACAAUCUACACAAAUAAAGCCCUGUGUCCACAUAGCGUUUCUUUUUUCCAGUUGUUUCAAAUGGAGAGUGAGCAUCUCAGAAAAGUCUUUCUUCUGAGCGCUCCACCUGUUCUGUGCAGCCGCUCCGAGUUGAAAACUUCUCAGGAAGGCAUUGGUGAGGUCACCGAUGUUCAUUUUACUUGCCUAGGUCACUGUAUUCUCCGUAAUAUUUACUUUUCUGCCUGUGAAAGAAAAAAAAAAAAACCCGCUAUGUGGACUCAGGCCUAAGUGGCACUACAGGUAUGAGGAAAAAACUGGAUUUUUUGAUUUAUGAGUUAAGUGUCCCUUUAAAACGUGUAAUGGUUGAACUGCAGUUUGAGAGACUCAGGCUUUUACCAAAAUUUCUUGUCUUUUUUUUUCCUUUUAAACAAAGGUUGUUCCAACUUGAUAAAAUAAAUCUUCAAAGUGCA